AUGACUAUCAGGAAAUUCCGGUUAGGGAAAAGGGAAAUCCCCAGCUGGGAUAAUGCACAGCCUGAGAACAGGAUGUCAGGCUCAGUGGAAAGGGCCCGGAGCCAGCAGCCAAUGCACACGGGCCCCAACCCUGCCACUAAUUUGCUGUCUGACCCUAGGCCAGAAGAAGUAGAGGGAGUGAAGCAGUGGGACUUUGGAUGGCAUGAAGAUAAGAUUGUGUCUUUCUCCCUUGUGAUCUUCCUACCUCCAACUGUGGCCCUGAUGAACAUCAGUGACAGCCAUCCUCUGGAUGGCUUUAUCGGGACCCAAAUCAUCCAUGUCAACGCCCUGCGAGGUAUAGUCAGCAUCCGAGACAACAAUGUUUUGAGUGAAUGGGAUGGAAUCUUGGACUACAAGAAUGACCUCCUGGCAGCUAAGCUGUAUAGUAAGAUGACCUGUGUCCUGGCCAAGAUGGACCAAGCCGCCUUCCCAACUUUGAAUGAAAUUACCAAGGCCCUGGAUCAGCGGGAACUGAAGCACUACCCCUCCACCAGUGGCCUGACUUACACUGUUCUCCCCAUCCGGGUCAAGAACUUGGCCCAGUAUGGAAUGCCCAUCAAGGACAUGUGCAGAGAUGUCCCCACCUACUUUGCCCAGCAACACAGAGAAGGUAUGGCAUUGGCAACUAACCCUAAUUCCUGUUUUGAAGUCCAACUUCUGUCCUUUAUGGGACUCUCCAUCUGUGGCGAGAUCCCUGGGCUCUGAGCCUACAGGUCGGUCACAAGGACGGAGGAUCCACCCGUGUGGAACUGCCA